AUGUUAAGUCGUACAGCUGCGAUACUAAGACAGCAGCCUUCUUUCUACGUCGGCGCUACACACCAACCAAGGCUGAAAUCCCACUAUGAAAACACUCUAGCACCUGCACUACUUUAUAUGAACUACAACGCUAGGGAUCAGCCCCAGACUAAGCCAUUGCCGUCUUGGGACGCUCAAGACCCUUACACUGCUCACCGUCAACAACCACGCCCUCGCGGUAACCGAGAUCCCCUCCCAAAUCCAACUGUACCAUCAGCAAAGAAGAACAUCAAAUUAGAGAAAGUCAUAAUACAUACAAUGGUAAAAGAAUCUAUAGUAAACAAAGGCGCUCUUUUGUCAGCUAUUAUGGCAUUACAAUCAAUCUCAGGCCAAGCUCAACACUCCGGUGGUGAUUUUAACACCACAGGUGUAACAGUUUGCAAAGCACGCAAAGGUGUAGCUCAAUGGAAAAUUCGUCAAGGAAUGCCUCUCUCCGUCAAAGUUGAACUUACAGGCGACAAAAUGUACGACUUUGUCGACGCACUCACCGAGUUCGUCUUACCCCGUAUGAGAGACUUUAGUGGUGUUUCCCUCCCACCAGUCAGUGCAGAUCCAAAAUCUCCUUCAGCAAGCUCAGGUGUCUUCCAAAUGGGUCUUCCUCCAGCAGCUAUGUCCCUUUUCCCUCAAAUUGAAGCUGCAUUCGAUUCUUACCCUCGCUCGCAUGGUAUGGACAUUAAAUUUAUCACAAACUACAAAGGUUAUGGUGCUGAAGCAAAAACCAGAGCCUUGAUGUCCGGACUCAGAAUUCCUUUCGUUCCAAAGUAAUCUGCAUAUAUAUAGACUUUUAUUCAUAUCUUUC